UAAAAUUAAACCUCAUGGAAUGUUGACAUCUAGAAGGCGUCUUGUCAGCCAGUUUCCUGUUAUCAUUUGAUCACAUAGAUAUAAUAUCGAUAUAUUGUUCAUCUCGAGUGGUCACGUCUGGCGAACAGUGCGGUCCGGUAAUUGCAGCUGAUGAUGAAGAUCGUCGUCGAGCUCGCCCUGGUGGGCGCAAUAGCAUCAGUUUUCAUAGUAGCUGCUCAAGGAAGAGCGGCCGAGAGAGCCGCCGAGGAAGCAGCAGGACGGGAGUAUAUGAGAAAACUGGAUGAACUGAUGGCCAAAGCGCAGAACAGAAGAACAUUAGCAUCGUGGAAUUAUGAGAGUAACAUUACAAAUUAUAAUGAGGAACAAAUGCUUCAAAUAUCUUUAGAAGUAGCAGAAGAACAGAAAGAGUACUGGAAGGAGACAAUGAGUUAUCUCUGGCAUGAAUACGAAGAUCCAGAUCUAAAAAGGAUGUUUAAGAAAUAUUCAGAACUCGGAACAGCAGCGUUACCUGAAGACUUAAAUCAGAGAUUGUUAACAGCAAUAAGUAAUAUGCAAAGUAUAUACGCAACGGCCACCAUUUGUGAUUACAAAGACAGAAACAAAUGCGAUUUGCACGUGGAACCAGAUGUAACUGAUAUUUUUGCCAAUAGCGAGGAUCCUGAGGAGCUGAAGUAUACAUGGUUGGAGUGGCACAAAGCCGCGGGUGCGCCCUCUAGAGGAAACUUCACUGAAUAUAUACAAUUGGAUAACGAAGCAGCAAAAUUGAAUGGUUACGACAGUGUAGCGGAGUGGUGGUUGAGUGCAUAUGAGUCGGACGAUAGUGAAGAUCAAUUUGCCUCACUUUGGAGUCAAGUCAAGCCUCUGUAUCAACAAAUACACGCUUACGUAAGGAGACAGCUAAGAGAAAAAUAUGGAGAAAAUGUCGUAUCUGCUAGAGGACCCAUUCCAGCUCACCUCUUAGGUAAUAUCUGGGCACAGACAUGGGGUAAUAUCGAAAAAUUUACUAGACCCUACCCCAACAAACCAGAGGUCGAUGUGACCUCAGCAUUAAUUGCUCAAAAUUACACAGCUCUGAAAAUGUUCCAAACUGCUGAGGAAUUCUUUAAAUCGUUGAAUCUAAGCGGCAUGCCAGAUUUGUUCUGGGAGAGGUCGAUUAUAGAAAAACCAAACGAUGGCCGAGAAUUGGUUUGCCAUGCUUCCGCCUGGGACUUUUAUGAUGGCGAAGAUUUUAGGAUCAAGCAAUGUACCACGAUAACGGCCGCUUUCUUCAAGACAACGCAUCACGAAAUGGGCCACAUUCAAUAUUAUUUACAAUACAAAGACAAACCCGUCGUUUAUAGGGGUGGUGCUAAUCCUGGUUUCCAUGAAGCUGUUGGUGAUGUUAUAGCAUUGUCAGUCUCAACUCCUAAGCAUCUAAAAAUAGUGGGUCUCUUAGAAGACGGGCCAGAAGAUACUGAGUCUAACAUCAAUCAGCUAUACAAAAUGGGCCUAGACAAAAUAGUCUUUCUACCAUUUGCAUACCUCCUCGACAUUUUCCGUUACGGAGUAUUCCGAGGGACCACUACAACUAGAGAUUACAAUUGUCACUUCUGGCGACUGAGGGAAACAUUACAAGGGCUCGAACCUCCAGCUCCUAGGAGUGAAGAUGAUUUUGAUCCAACAGCUAAGUACCAUGUUGCUGCUGAUGUGGAGUACAUGAGAUAUUAUGUUUCUUACAUAGUACAAUUCCAAUUUCAUCGAGCCCUUUGUCAACUAGCCGGUGAAUACAGCCCUGGUGAUUCUGAUAAAAUACUUUCAGCUUGUGAUAUAUAUAGAAGCCAAGAAGCCGGAGAAGCAUUAGGGAAAAUGCUUCAAAUGGGCUCAUCGAAACCAUGGCCUGAUGCUAUGGAAGCACUAACUGGACAAAGAAACAUGGACGCUAGCGGAUUACUCGAGUAUUUCGAGCCUUUACAUGAAUGGUUGAAGAGAGAGAACGAGCGCACUGGAGAAUAUAUUGGAUGGGAAGCUAGUAACAUAGAAUACUGUUCGGACGAACAACGUAUGGCAAUGGACGAGUUCGGAUUCAAUGAGAGAUUGAAGAAGUAUGCUGCACUAUAAAUGACAUAUCAAUUAAAUAAUUAUAUAUUUAUGAAU